AUUUUGCAAUUACUACACUGAUAGAUAAAGAUAAUUUACUGACUCGCUUGUUACUUCACUCUAGGGGGUCUUAAUAAUUGUAAUCAAUCAUCAAUUCAUUCUUAAAUUAUGAAUAUUAUAAGGUUCUACAAAGUACCUGGUCUAAAAUCAGGCCAGUUAAAAAGCAAGUUCAAUAGUCUUAUUCAAAUAACAAAUUUGAUUAGUGGCUUAAAAACAGAAUUGUGUUACUACAUUGAAGUUAAAGAACCUUUAAGUGCAGAAGAAUUAAAAGUAUUAAAAUGGAUUUUAACUCCACCUUUAGAGCCACAAAGUUUGAAGAAUUUUAGUGCAUUCAAUGAAAAAUUAAGCAACUGCCUUGUUAUUGAAAUUGGACCAAGAUUGAAUUUUUCUACAGCAUUUUGUAGCAAUGCUGUAUCAAUUUGUAGAUCCGUACAUUUAAACAAAGUAACAAGAAUUGAAGCAGUAAUUAGAUAUUGCAUUACACACAAUGGAUCAAUUGAUAAGGACAUUGAAGAUACUAUAACAAAUGUAUUGCAUGACAAGAUGACUGAAUGCAGAUAUAUGAAACCAAUAGAAACUUUUGAUCAUGGGUUUAGACCUGAAAACUGGUUUGAAGUUAAUAUUUUGGAAGAAGGAAGAACAGCAUUAGAAGAAGUGAACUCUAAGUUAGGUUUGGCAUUUGAUAGUUGGGACUUAGAUUUCUACACAGAUUUAUUUCUCAACAAAUUGAAGCGUAAUCCGACUAGUGUUGAGUGUUUUGAUUUAGCACAAUCCAACAGUGAACAUAGUCGUCACUGGUUUUUCAAAGGUCGAAUGAUCAUCGAUGGCGAAGAAAUGAAACAAUCUUUAAUCGAUAUGAUCGUAGAGACGCAAAAUUAUUCUAAUCCAAAUAAUACAAUUAAAUUUAGUGAUAAUAGCAGUGCAAUUAAGGGUUUUCAUACAAAGGUUUUACGGCCGAUGAAAACUCAUGCAUGCAGUUCUUUCCAUUUGCAAGAUGUAGAUCAUGAUCUGAUAUUUACUGCAGAGACUCAUAAUUUUCCAACUGGGGUUGCUCCAUUUAGUGGAGCUACAACUGGAACUGGCGGAAGACUGAGAGAUAUUCAAGGAAUUGGUAGGGGAGGAUAUUACAUUGCUGGGACAGCCGGUUAUUCUGUUGGUAAUUUGCAUAUCCCAGAUUAUGAUUUACCAUGGGAAGAGAAAGGUCUCCUAAAUCCUAAUAAUAUGGCUUCUCCAUUAGAGAUUAUAAUUGAGGCUAGUAAUGGAGCAUCUGAUUAUGGCAAUAAGUUUGGAGAGCCAGUUAUAUCUGGUUUUGCUCGUUCAUUUGGAAUGACGGAUCAAGUUGGUACGCGACGUGAAUGGAUUAAACCCAUAAUGUUUAGUGGAGGAUUAGGUACUAUGGAUGCCGAUAUGUCUCAAAAAGUUUUGCCACAAAAAGGUAUGGAGGUGAUUAAAAUUGGUGGUCCUGUUUAUAGAAUAGGUGUAGGAGGUGGUUCAGCUAGUUCUAUUGAGGUGCAAGGUGAUAACAAAUCGGAAUUGGAUUUUGGAGCUGUGCAAAGAGGCGAUCCUGAAAUGGAACAAAAAUUGAAUAGAGUUGUACGCGCUUGCAUUGAAAUGGGACAACAGAAUCCAAUACUUAGUAUACAUGAUCAAGGAGCUGGAGGCAAUGGCAACGUUUUGAAAGAAUUAGUAGAACCCACGGGUGCGGUAAUCUUCACAAAGAAAUUUGAGCUAGGCGAUCCAAGCAUUAGUACAUUGGAAUUAUGGGGUGCCGAAUAUCAAGAAAACGACGCAAUUCUUUGCAAAUCAGAGGACACUAAUUUGCUUAAAGAAAUAGCAGCGAGAGAGAAAUGCCCUAUUAGUUUCGUAGGGACUAUCACAGGAAAUGGGAAAAUUAUUCUCUCAGAAGAGGACGAUUGUGAUUCAUCGAAAUAUUUAAAUGAGAAUUACAAGUUUAAAAAAAGGCAUCCAGUUAACUUGGAUUUAGAAUUAGUGCUUGGAAAAAUGCCUCAGAAGACUUUUAAUCUUCAAAGACAAGUGACUCAAUUACCUGCUAUUAAACUACCAACAAAUUUAACCGUACAAGCUGUUCUAGAAAGAGUCCUACGAUUGCCUUCGGUAGCAAGCAAACGAUAUUUAACUAACAAAGUUGAUCGUUGUGUUACUGGAUUAAUUGCACAACAGCAAUGUGUUGGCCCUCUGCAUACUCCCCUUGCUGAUGUUGCUGUGACAGCAAUUUCUCAUUUCUCUACGGUUGGUAUAGCAACUUCUAUCGGAGAACAACCGAUAAAAGGUCUCGUAAAUCCAGCUGCUGGAGCUCGAAUGACCGUAGCAGAAGCGUUGAGUAAUUUAGUCUUUGCGUGCAUUUCUGAUAUUCAGGACGUUAAAUGCAGUGGAAAUUGGAUGUGGGCUGCUAAGUUACCUGGAGAAGGUGCAGCUUUAUAUGAUGCAUGUUUUGCUAUGUGUUCAAUUAUGAAUGAAUUAGGAAUUGCAAUUGAUGGGGGAAAAGAUUCUCUUAGCAUGGCUGCACGAAUAGGAAAAAAUAUUGUUAAAGCGCCGGGUACGCUUGUGGUUUCAUGCUAUGCUCCUUGUCCCGAUAUCCGACAAGUGAUAACACCUGAUUUAAAAGCUCCUAUAACUGGAAAAAGUGGUUACAUACUAUUUAUAGAUUUAUCAAAUAGAAAAAGUCGAGUUAGUGGUACAGCUUUGGCUCAAGUUUAUAACUCCCUUGGAAAUGACGUUCCUGAUGUUGAAUGCCCUAAUAUGUUGAAGAACGCUUUCAAAGCUAUCCAACAUUUAAUUGCAGAGGGGCAAGUAUUAGCAGGUCACGAUAUUAGCGAUGGUGGACUCAUUACGUGCCUACUUGAAAUGUGUUUUGCUGGUAUAUCUGGAAUAAACGUGAAUAUUUCUCACAAAACGGGAUCCCCUAUUGAAAUAUUAUUUACUGAAGAAGUUGGAUGGAUACUAGAAAUUGAUCAAAUGAAUUACAAUCACGUUUUGAAUGUAUUUAAUCAGUUCAAUGUUCCUGUAUAUCUAAUUGGACGAUCGGAAGGAUUUGGGUUGUCAUCAAAAAUAAAAAUUCAUGUACAAGAGAAGGUUGUUCUGGAUUCAACAGUGUUACCGCUAAUGAAUCUGUGGGAAGAAACAAGUUAUCAGUUAGAACGUCGACAAACGAAUUUUGAAUGUGCAGUCGAAGAAUUCAGUGGAUUAAAAGAUAGAACUGCACCAUCUUAUAAAUUAACGUUUAAUCCUGACGUUAGACCAACUGAGAUUUAUAAAAAUUUGUUUUCAAACAUUGCAGUUGCUGUAAUAAGAGAGGAAGGUAUAAACGGCGAUAGAGAAAUGGUGGCAUCUUUGAUAGAUGCUGGUUUCGAAGUUUGGGAUGUUACAAUGCAAGACUUGUUACAAAAUAAAGUUACAUUCGAUAGAUUUAGAGGAAUAAUAUUUCCUGGUGGUUUCAGUUAUGCAGAUGUUUUGGGUUCUGCUAAAGGAUGGGCUGCUAGUCUUUUAUUCCAUUCAUCUCUCCAAAAACAAAUAAAAACAUUUAUUUCUCGAAAAGAUACAUUUAGUUUAGGAGUUUGCAAUGGAUGCCAAUUAAUGUCUUUGUUAGGAUUAAUAGGAGAUAAAAAUAUGUUUUCUUGUGUUGCAGAUAAUACCAAAGAAUUGGAUGUUUUUCUAAACCAUAAUGUGUCGGAAAGAUUUGAAUGCCGCUGGAGUACUGUUAAAAUUGAUAAGUCAUCAUCGAUCAUGUUAAACGGAAUGGAAAACAGUGUUUUAGGUGUAUGGAUCGCUCACGGCGAAGGACGAUUUACAUUUAGAAAUAAUAACGUUUUACAAAAACUGAAAGAAAAUCAUUGUUUGGCUAUUAAGUAUACUGAUGAUCAUGGUAAUCCAACUGAAUGUUACCCACUUAAUCCUAAUGGAAGUACAGAGGGUAUUGCUGGUAUUUGCUCGGUGGAUGGACGACACUUAGCAAUGAUGCCACAUCCUGAACGGUGUACAAGAAUGUGGCAAUGGCCUUGGACGCCCAACGAUUGGAAAUAUACCAUUUCACCGUGGCAACGCAUUUUCGACAAUGCAUACACGUGGUGCGUAACGGAGGAUUAGAUCAAUAAUUUUUUGCAUUAAUGGAGUCAGUUUGUAAAUAAUAUGAUCAUAUAUUUUUAUAUAAACUAUAUUAAAUUGUAUUAAAGAUUA